GCAUUUAAACUACAACCCUCAACGUGCCUGGCAGCGCCCACCCCUCCGCCCCGUCCGGUCCAGAGAGCUGCGGCUGUUGAUGGCGACUGGCGGCGGCGGCGGUGGCUCUUCCGCGGCGAACGAGUGCGGGGCGCUGCGGGCUUCAGUGGCUGGCCGUACCCGCUCGUACGGCAGCACUGCCCGGCGCCCCGGCUCGCCCGCCUGCGGCCGGCACCUGGAGCACCGGCUGCAGCCUGGCGAUACCCUGCAGGGGCUGGCGCUACGAUACGGAGUGACUACAGAGCAGAUAAAGAGAGCAAAUCGCCUCUAUACCAGUGACUCCAUCUUCCUGAAAGAGGUCCUGAUGAUCCCCGUGGCCAGCAAGCAGGAACACAACGGGGUGACGGUGGAGAGCCCCCAGGAGGGCAGCCCUGCAGGGCGACCGAAAGACAGCCCUACCCCAGAGAUGUCCGCCUCGGAGUUCCUCAGGAGGAUCGAUGCCCAGAUCACGCAGUCCAAAGCAGCCGCGCUGAAAAACCUGAGGGACGACGGAGACAAGUUUGACGGGAGCCCCCCCUCUGUUCUGUGCAGGCCGGUGCCCACGUCCCAGCGAGCUCUCCUAGGACCCGCCCGCCUCACCAAGACUACCCGGGUGACCAGCCUGCAGGACACAGAGGAUGAGAUCUUUCACCUUUGACCCUGGGUAGCCACUCUCCCCAACACUAAGACGCUCCCGCACCUGCCCCACCGUGAAGGUGACAGCCUGAGUCACGGCUGGGAUGGUGGGAGAAUCCCGUCUGGGCAAUGAGUUUCCCGGGUCCCGAGAUGGCGCCGGAGACAGAGGAAGGUCUUGAGUGAGCCGGGCUCACAGGGAAGGUCUAGGAUGGAGGUGUGUGUUCCUCUCUCUGUGCCCUGUGUGUGUGUGUGUGCGCCUCUCCCUCUCCCCCUGUGUGUCUGUCUGUCUCUCCCCAAAACCCACCUUCCUCCUUCACGUGUGUCUCUCUCCCUCCCUCUGUGCCCUAGUAUGUGUGUCUCUCUCUUCUCCCCCCCUCACUCUCUCACACUCUCCCCUCCCUCUCUCACACUCUCCCCUCCCUCUGUCCCCCUCCCUGGCCCUGUGUGUGUCCACUCUUCCCCCAUCGUGUGUGUGUGUCUCUGUGUAGAAACCCUGUUUCCUGGGAGAGACUGUGCUUGUAUCUUCACCUCUCCAUUAUUCCUCUCUCCUCCGCCCCCCCCCCACCCACCACCCACAUCCUGCCUACAGUGCUGGAUCACCCAAAUCGCCCCUUCACUGUGUCCUCCUCCCCACCCUCACACCGUCGUCCUGCAGAGACCACCCCAUUACAGUGUCCUCCCCACCCCCCACGCCGUGUCGUCAUGGAGAUUCUGCCCCCUUACCGUGCCCCCCUCCCCAGCCCCACCCCUUCACCCUGUGAAGCAGUAAACCAGCACCCAUUGCGAUAAGUUCACCCUACAGCCCCUCCUCCCCAGCCCCGCAAAUAAGGAGUUACGUGGGCGUGGUGAGGGGUGGGGGGAGAGUCGCACUUUGUCUCCGACCCGACGUGUGUCCAUUGCCGGCCUCUCCCUACUCUAUCACCUCUUGAAAUGGAUGGGUGUGCGUCUGUGCUAACCCAGCACUACACCCCACCCCCAAGCACAUACAGAGUGAACACGCUUCCGAUGGCCGAGGGGGAAGGGUGAGCUCUCUUCCCCGUCUGUCCUCCUUCCCCAGAGACAUGUCUGUUAUCCUCCAGUUUCCAGCUACGUUCCAAUCCGCUUUGUUGGGGCUGGAACAGGCCGGGAUUGGGAGGGAGGUGGUGAGGUCCCCAGAUGCUGCUCUCCAACUAUUGACCCCACCCCAGGGUAAGGAUCCUCUGUCUCUUCAUUGUUUACAGCACCCCCUCCCUGCCUUGCUGCUAAAUCCUGGAGACCCCCCCCACCCCCAGUCCUUUUCUUCUUUACGGGAAAUGUGCAAUAUGGAAUAGUCUUCCAGAAAUCAGUGGGGCUCGGUGUGGUGAGAAAACUCCAGGAGAACGAGUCUCGAGUGGAUUGAUCGCUCAACCCAGGAUUCAGUCCCCUUCUCCGUAGGGAGCCAACGGCUGCGUUUGGAAGGGAGGGGCUAAUCACCUAGUCUGAGCUCCGCACCCCCAACCCUCACAAGUUGCCCUGCACUCCCCUCCGAAGUCAGACACUCACUCUGCAGGAGCAGAGCCUUGGAGAGAGGGUGAACGCAGAGGAGCGAUCACCCGUCGCCUCACUCUGUUCCUGAUUAACUCCUAGCAAGUUUAGACCCUUCCCCUCCCCCCCCCGGACUACUGCAGGGGAAGGGACACCCCACCCCCUUUAAUUUUUAUUUAUUAAACUGUGAACGGUUUAGAUAACGAGAGGUAAGGGCUGUCCAGAAGUCAGAAACCAGCGUGCUUGGAAACCGAACGCACGGGGAACCCCAACCAUCGCUGGGAUGACUGGAACGCCUUCCAAAGGCGCUCGCUCUCUGCAACGCCUGUAAAUAAAUCCCUUCGGGGACCCACUGCGAGUCAAUUGCUGUAUAGAAUACUUUGAUACCUAAUUAAAAAUUAUCUCCACCAAACUCUCUGUUGUCUGCUUGAAGCAGUCUUGAGCAGUGUUGACCGUUAGCGGAUGAAAGUUCCCAGAAGUUAUGCAGAUUACUUGUAGAGACCUGCCCUGUACAGUCACACACCCUCGUGAUGGUUCCUGCUUGUGAGGGCCAUUCGCUUGUACUUCAGGAGACCCGGGGUGGAGGCCAUUGCACAGAGCGGAGCCCCGUAACGAGUUUAUAAGGCGACGUGGUUUUCCCAGUCGCUUCAAGUUCCUGGGUGUCAGCAUUGCAGAAGAUCUAUCGUGUGCCCAGUGCAAAGAUACGGUCACAAAGAAGGCACGUCAGUGGCUGUACUUCAUGAGAAGAUUGAGUCUAUCACAUUUCUACCGGUGUACAGUGAACCUUUUCUCAUGACCGCCAUCGAGGAGGCGGUACACGAGCUGGAGACCCCCACGCGACGAUUCAGGAACAGCUUCUUGGCCGCACAAAAUGCUGGAGGAACUCAGCGGGGUCAGGAAGCAGCUACGGAGAGGAAUCGAUCCUGAUGAAGGGUCUCGGCCCAAAACAUCGACUGUUUAUGGCCCUGCCUGACCUGAGUGCCUCGUGUGUGUGUGUGUGUGUGUGUGUGUGUGUGUGUGUGUGUGUGUGUGUGUGUGUGUGUGUGUGUGUGUGUGUGUGUGUGUGUGUGUGUGUGUGAGACUCUGGAUUUCCAGCAGCUACAGAAUCCUGUGUGACGGGACGAUGUCGUGUUCACAGUUGCUUUGCCUCCGCCAUUUGAAUGGUCCAGGAACACUACCUCACUUUUGCACUAGCUUUUCUUGUAACUGAUAGUUUUUUUUUUAAUGUCUUGCACUGUACCCCUGCCACAAAACAUUAAAUUUCAUGACACACAGUAUGUCGGUGAUGAUAAAGCUGAUUCUUGUCUGCUGGUGUAUUAUAACAUGCCUGGAGGAUAUCCGGACACAGCACAUUCUAACCUACCUGAAGUGGCUGCUCCUCACCUUUGGUGGCAUUUACCCCUAGCCUCUGAACAUUUGGUGUCCCUGUGCGGAGAGGAUGGGGUCUUGCUCACCCUGGUCCUGGGGCUGGCCAAACUAGCUACGUUUGGAUCACGGAGGCAGGUAGCCGAGGGCACUGCCCAGCUAUAACAGGAACGAGUACAUGCGGAAUCUGUUUCUGGAACCUUCGGCACCGCAAGAAAAAAAUAGUACCUAGGAUCAGAGUGUGAAUAGUUCUGUUCAGCUGAAGUUUCGUUUUUGUUGUAGCUUGUAGAGACGUAAUGUAGUGUUGCAGUAUUUAUAAUAAACUUGUUACGGUAAAAUAAAACAAUCAGUCACGGUGUGAGACUCCACACCGUCCCAUCACACACUCCCGGGGUCAGACACAGAGUGAAACUCCCUCUACACCGUCCCAUCACACA